UCACUUUUCACAUUUGUUGACACUUCCUGUUUAUUAGCAUCCAUUAGCUACAUCUAGUCAUUCAUUUGUUGCCUCUCCGCCUCUAUUUAGAGCACUUCCGCGUAGGGAUACCAUGGCUGAUUCUGUGGCUGCAGAAGAUCAAAAAUUCUGCUUACAGGAGGUGCUCGAAACUUUCAAACUGUGUUUGUCGGAAAAUAAAGAAGUCUAUCUUGAACACUACGUGGCUGGGUGGCGUGGUCUUGUAAAGUUUCUGAACAGUUUGGGAAGUGUUUUUGGCUUCAUUUCCAAGGAUGCAGUCAACAAGAUCAAGAUCCUGGUUGCCUACCUGGAGGGAGAGAAUGGUUCCCAGUAUGUCACCAUCCAGUUGAUGCUGAAAUACGAGCUUGAUAGUGGACUAGUGGACCUUACCAAGAGGGGAAACCACCCUGAGUCCGGCUGCCGUACUCUCCUGAGGCUCCACCGUGCCCUGAGAUGGCUGGAGCUCUUCCUGGAGCGCCUUCGCACCAGCAGCGAGGACAGCAAGACGUCUGUGAUGUGUGCAGAGUCUUACAAUGAGUCCCUCGCCCAGCACCACCCGUGGUUGGUCCGAAAGGCUGCAGGCAUGGCCUUUUGUGUGCUCCCUGGACGUCCGGCAUUUUUCGAAGUGAUGAAUGUAGGCACGCCUGAGCAGGUUGUGGCCAUGUUAGGGGAAGCUCUGCCUCUGAUCUCUGAGGUGUACCAAAUCACAGAGGAACUUUAUGCUCAAAAUAACAUGCUUGACUUACCAUAGCAGCUGUUAUUUUUACAUCUACAUGAUCCAAUAUUUACCAUGUGUACCUGCUGUAUGGCUGUCAAGCUGGCUGCUAAUCCUGUUUAGUGGUUUAAGUGUUCAUCAGUCUCUGAACAGUGUUAGAUAUAAACAAUCAUUAUCACACUGAUGCUAAUCUGUUACUACUGCAUUACAAAUUUUAGUUUAAACUAGUGAUAUUUAUAAUGCAUGUUUAUAUUUAAUCCUAUUAAUGCACUUCUUAAUGAUUGUUUUAAUUUAAAAACACAAAGGGAACCAGAGUGAGGCCCAGUGAUUCUUUGAUCACUGCUAAUAGCUGUUAGUUUUCAUUGUUCAUCAAGAAAGGAGACCAGGUUUUUCCAAUAUUUAGACUUAGAGCUGCAGGGAUUAGUUGGUUAAUUGAUACACUGUUCAAAAGAAAAUUGAUCUGAAAUUUAGUCUGUAAACUGAUUCAUAAUUUUAAUGAUGUUUAAGCAAAAUGGCCAAAUAUUUCAUAGCUUGUAACAAAUUUGCAGCUUUAUUUGACUUGGCAUUACAGUAAAUUUGACCUUUUUAUGAGAUAUUCUUAGAUGUGAUUCUAAUCAAAACAUUAGGUAGCAAAUAAACACUUGAAGAUUGAUUUGAGCGUGUACUAGAUUAACUAUCUGUUACAGGUAGCCCAUUAAUUUCUAUAGCCUUGUUUGAAGACGGGUAAGAACAAGCUGCUUACAAUGUCCUUAUGUGGAAAUAAGCAAUUUGCAAAAUACCUCUUUUGCCAUUAAAAUGGGACCAACAAUAUGGAAUAAGCCAAAAUAUCAGUAACUGUAUCAGAAAUUUGGAUCUUUACAAUCUGCAAUGUGUUAUUUUCAGCAACUUAUGAAACAGGAGUUUUAGUGGUGGACUUAGAGUUGUUAACUUCACAGUUUUUGGUCAAUGCAACUUUUUAUUUGAUGUAAAAACAGUAUGCUGUUUUAAAAGGAAUGUACUGUACUUUAUAUUACAUAUACAACACCAUUAAUUCAAACAGAAUUUACAAACAGUGUAGCUUAAUAAAGCAAAUUUCAAUGUGCUUUAUGGUCGUGUGAUCAAUUCACAUUUUAACUAACAAAAUAUUUAAUGACGCUCCAAAGAGAAGUUCAGUUUUACGAUGUUUUAUAAUUAUGAUUCUUCGCUGCAUGUAUCCGUGACAGUCUUCAGUCAUGCAGGCCAUUUAAAUUAGCUAGGGUUGUAAUUAACAGGCCUAUCCUAUGUAGUGAUGUGUCCCCACUACAUUAUGUUGACCCAUGUGGUCACUAGGGACAGUUGGAACUUUGAAUACCCUUCUCAUUUUGUUUGAAUUGAGCACCCAAACUUGACAAUUAUCUGCAAAACAAUCCAACAAAUAACAUACCAAUAACUUAUUUACUUUUAUUCUUAUUUCUCCAUAUUAUUUUAUAUAUUUGAGUAUUAAUAGUGUAUCCUGUUUAAUUCAUAUUCAUACAUUUCUGACCUCUUUUUUUCUUCAAAUUUCAAUUAUUUAUGAGAAACUCUAGGGCACGAAUUUCUUCCCGGGAAUCAAAUAUUUCUAAUAGUCAUGCUGUUUUUAGCUGAUAAUUUAAUUGAUAUGGUUAUACAUAAAUACAAAUUUUAUAAUUGGAAAAAAACCCCACCAAGUGUUCUGAGCUAGAAGUUGCCUGUGGUGGCAGGAAUAAAUAAAUUCAGUUCACAACAUUAAGCACUACUCCUGAGGCGUGGGACAAUUUGUAAGAGUUCUUUCCACAUGUAUGUAAGGCCAACAACCGACAGCCGACAUCACAAUGACUAAACCAAAGACAAUAAAAUGUGACAAGUUCUAUCUUGCCUCUACGCUGGGUAAUGAAGAGAGCCAGAACUUUCCUUUUGUCACAGCCUUCCAAUGUGAGAUAGUUUUUCUGUCCUUGCUGCAAUCAAAACAAAAUACAGCUCAAAGCUGGGCACUGACAAUGAGCAAAGAGUGGGCACUUCAUCACUGAAGGUUCAUGUAGCUGUUGCUAUUCUGCACUUCUUGCAGGCAAUGUUUGAGAUAAAAUCUCAAUAAAUGUGACUGUGUGUAGCAUCUUUCUAUAUAUGUUUAUGUAUGUAUGGUGAUGAG